CGAGUUGAAAGGUCGUAGACGUCAAACUCGUGCUGCCUGAAAGCGACAUCCACACAUAAAUAAUCUGUUACAGCGUAAAGAGCUGUGAUUCUUUUUUGUCUGAGUAUUUUUGUUGCUUGUUUUUGAUCAAAAAUGUCCGGAAAGGCUAAGGAUAUCUUACAGUUGGACCUGUAUGGUUUACUCGGUAUAGAAAGCGUUGCUACAACGAAAGAGAUUAAGAAAGCAUAUAGGCAGAGAGCUUUGACAUGCCACCCAGACAAGAACCCAGACAACCCAAAAGCAGUUGAGCUCUUCCACCAGUUGUCCCAGGCCCUUGAGGUGCUCACUGACGCUCCUGCAAGAGCUGCCUAUGACAAGAUUUGCGCUGCCAAGAAACAAGCAGAAGAACGGAACCGGAAACUAGAUGAUAAGAGAAAGAAAAUUAAGCUUGAUUUGGAGGCCAGAGAGAAACGAGCAGAAAUUCAGAGCCAAGACGAGGUGCAAAUCACAAGAACACUUGAACAAGAGAUUGCCCGUUUACGAGAGGAGGGAUCCAGACAGCUUGAAGAAGAACAGAGGCUCAUCAGAGAACAGAUUCAAAAAGAGCGAGAAGGCCAGCAUCAAUCAGGAGAACACACCCACAGACACUCUGGGCGGGAUAGAUGUUCCAAGAACAAUGUGACCCCCAAACUGAAGUUAAAAUGGAAGUGUAAAAAAGACGAUGAGUCGAACGGAGGUUACUCCCAAGAGAUUCUUUUUGAUCUAUUUAAUAAGUAUGGGGAUGUUUUGAACGUGAUUGUAUCAAGUAAGAAGAAAGGAAGUGCUGUGGUGGAGUUUACAUCUGUCAGAUCAGCUGAGCUGGCAGUUAUGAACGAAAGUGGCCUGAGUGAUAAACCCUUGAAGAUUUCGUGGCUUGAAGGACAGCCGGAGGUUGUUGCUACAGCAUCUCAAUCUGGCCACUUCAUGUCUUCAAAGGCUUCCCUGUCAAACGAGCGCGACUACGAGAGCGUGGUGAUGAUGAGGAUGAGGCAGGCUGCCGAGCGUCAGAGGCUCAUAGAGCAAAUGCAACGAGAAGACGAGGAGGAAAGUGCCAAGUCCUAACCCCUGGAGAUCCUGCUCGGCGGCAGCAGACAGAUAAAGAUUCAGGCUUUAGUUUCAUAAAGCCUCUUAUGCGUUUAGUUUUUUAUUGUUUAUUAAAUGUACUAUGAUGUGUGGCAAAUAAACCAUUUUUG